AUGGGCAUGGAUUUUGGAGAUGUACUCAUACAUCUCACCCUCCCUUCACUAAAGACAUUUGAGUAUGAAUAUUACUCAUCAGCGGCAACUUUAGACAAACUCGUUAAAUUCAUGGAUCGAUCCGCAGCCACACUUGAUAAAUCUAUAUUCAAUGCAAACCAGGGUCCCCUUCCACCCCUCUGGUAUGAACGCCUUCGAGGCAUUACACAUUUAUACAUGCAGCUCUAUGGAGACCGGGAAAAUGCAAGUAUAGGAUGCGAUUUUCUUUCCGCUCUGACCGAUACAUCAGCCGACGCUCUCUUUCCACAUCUACAGGUGUUAACUAUCGCUACCCAUAACAUAUCAGGCCUCGUUUGGUCAAAACUAUGCGAAGCUGUUCUUGCUCGGGGAAAAUGCCCUACAAUUCAGGAUGGCGUUGGGAAUGAUUACGCACGGGCGUUGGCAUCAGUACGGGUUCAACUACGAAGCGGCGACGUUGACCGCGCUCUACGCCAGAUUUCACGGCCGGAUAUUGCUUUAUUGAUUGAGCGCAUCAGGGCUUCGGGCGUUAAAUUCAAGAGUAUGGACAUGGAAAACACCGAUAUUGUGGUCUGCGCUUCUCGCCUCGUCGCAAAUUCGUUGCUCCCUUUUCAAGCUUCGUCGCUCCCUUUUCAAGCUAGUUGA